AUGUCCAUGUAUGGACCUCCUUCACCACGGAUGGAAGACGGCGAUCAGGAUCGACCAUCCACUCCACCGCUGGAAACCGUCUUUUUCGCCCCGGACGGCGACACGCAACUCUUCCUCAACUCGCCCGACACGUCGGACGAGGAGCGGCCCUACAUCAUCUUCGUCGUCUCGAGCCAGGUCAUAUCACUCAUCUCGGAGCGGUUCAAGCUCUGGCUCUCACGCCGCGGCUUCUACACGGAACCGAAGCCCAUCCCCGGCGUCGAGCCGCUGCUCCUGCCCGACGAUGCGCGCGGCAUGGAGGUUCUGAUGAACAUAGCGCACCUGCACUUCUACCGCGUGCCGGCGCAGCUGGAGCUGGAAAAGGUGUCGGCCGUGGCGCAGGUGCUUUACGUUGCAUGGGCUUUUGGGGAGGAAGAGACUUUCCGGGAGAUCGUGGACCGUCUGAUCUUGACGGUGAAACUGAACUACGACGAAGAAUGCGUGACGCCUGAUGGGAUUGUGAUGUCUUCUUCCAAAGAAGAAGGAAAGCGGUUUCCUCCAUCUAUCCAAGGACUCAUUCACCAUGGCCGAUCGACAGCCUUGGAACGUUUACUUCAAGCAUGUUACGAGCUGGUGGAUGAGUACCUUAUCGCUAAUGAGCAACGGAUUUUCUGCUGUAAGAAUAAGUCUCAUCAAAAUGUUUGCGAUAGCGUAGCCUUGGGCUCCUUGAUCCUGUCCCUCCAAGAAGCAGAGCUCUGGCCCGAACGCAAGACUCACGAGGAUAUCAACUGGAGUGUUUCCGAACUGCUUGCGAAAAUGCAGGACUUCAAAGUCACCUUUCCUGAAGGGCACGGCGAGACUUGUGGCAUGAUCCUUGCUCGCUUCAACACUUUUCUCAACGACUUUAUUCAGUCCGAGCGUUACCGGGUAACUCUGGAUUCGGAAGAUACGAAGGAUUGGAAGAUUCAAAUUGAUCGGAAGAAGGCUGAGCUGACAGGAAACCAAGACGAAUCCAAUAAGCGCGGGUCUGGAUACGCAUCGGACGGCUCACCGAAUUUGCAUUGGUAA